AUGUCGGAAGCGCAGGCUCUGCAAGCGGCCGAAGUGGUCAACUCGGCCGUGAACGGGGCUGUACCUUCGACACGCUCGCCCGCACCCUGUCCCAAGUCUGCGCUGAACAGUCAAGCACGAGAGUGGUGGACAAGAGCUCCAUCUAGCUCAAAGCAAGGUCGUGGCCUUCUAGAAGCAAGCUUGCAAGUGCCAAAGCACUGGCCGGAGGAUGUUAUAUUCAUCACACAGAAUCUCGUAGCUCCAUCGGUGCCUGAGUCGGUGGCUCGACGAUAUGUGCUUCAGCCCAGCUCUUGGUCAAUAAGAGACGACUCGGACGAUGCUGCUGGACCAAGUAUCGACAAGGACCUGCCUCAAGCAACACACAGAGAUGGACGAGCGGUAACACUGUAUACUACCUCAAUACAAGAACAAGUGCCACUCGCCAUCAUGAAAAUCUAUCAGGACUCUCCUUGGUGUUCCGACUCGUUUCACUCGACCAGUCGCAACCUCAAGGCACAUCCAUCCUUGGGAUCUUUCGGCCUCUUCGCAGCACAAGAGAUCCUUCCAAAUACCUUCAUACGGCCCUAUCUUGGCGUAUUGCACACCAAAGCAGAUGCAGAUUUCCAUUCUACUUAUGACCUCAGUCUUUGUCACGAUCCUCGGCUUCUCUGUCUUCAACCUCCACAGACCAAUCUGGACACCCUUUCGCUUCAUGCUGAAUCAGUGUCAGAACAGCAGGACCCGUCAGCGCUGUACAUAGACAGUCGGUAUUGGGGAAACGAAUCACGCUUUGUCAACGACUACCGCGGCAUCGCUCAGAAACCCAACGUCGAGUUUCGUUCCUUCAUCCAGUACGAUUCCACAGCGGAGCAGCCGCAAGAGGAUUCACAGGAGAGAUUUCAAAUGGGCCUCUUCGCAACUCGGCUCAUUCGAAAAGGUCAAGAGCUGGUGAUCAACUACGGGAAGAGCUAUUGGGUUCAUCAUGACCAGUUGGACAAGUUGAAGAAAGCAAAAGCAGAACCUGCCAAAUCCCAGCAGCAGCAGCAGCAGCAAUCCGCCGAUCCACCAACCAAAGCACCAGCACUGGAUCCAUUACAAGCCAUGCUCCAGCGCAGUCGCAUGCGUGUAUCUCGCACAGCGCCUAUUCAAAGACCACCACAACAACCACCUUCACGGACACCAUGA